CCUGCGAAUCUACAUCAAAAUAAUGCAAAUGGCGAGAUAGAUUUAGAGGAUUUAGAGUAUCUAAUUAAAAAGUUUUUUUUUAAGUAAUUUAAUUUUUCAGUUUAAAUGCACGCUGAAAAUAAUGUGACGUUGACUGUGUGCGAUGGCGAGCAAAGAAGGAACCGGCCAUCAGCAGCAGUUCGUUGAAGAAAUUGACUUUAAAGAAAUUGAAAGACAAGAGAUUGUGGGAAAAGGUUCUUUUGGAGUUGUAUGGAAAGGAAAAUGGCGUGGACAGUAUGUUGCUGUAAAACUCAUCAACUCGGAAGGUGAAAAGAAAGCAUUUUCAAUUGAAGUGAGACAACUUUCAAGAGUAGCUCAUCCGAAUAUUGUUAAACUUUAUGGAGCCUGUACGAAGAAUCCCGUCUGCUUGGUAAUGGAAUAUGCAGAAGGUGGAUCAUUAUAUAAUGUUCUUCAUUGCGAUCCUCAACCCCAUUACACAGUUGGCCAUGCAAUGAGUUGGGCUCUUCAGUGCGCCCGUGGUGUUGCAUACCUUCACAAUAUGAAACCAAAACCACUUAUUCACAGGGAUCUGAAACCUCCAAAUCUUCUCUUAAUCAUGGGCGGCCAAACACUUAAAAUUUGCGAUUUCGGAACAGCUUGCGAUUUAAAAUCAUACAUGACAAAUAAUAAAGGCUCAGCAGCAUGGAUGGCACCUGAAGUUUUUGAAGGUUCUCGCUACACAGAAAAAUGUGAUGUUUUCAGUUGGGGUAUAAUACUUUGGGAGGUACUGUCCAGGAGAAAACCUUUCGACGAUAUUGGAGGUUCUGCCUACAGAAUUAUGUGGGCAGUUCACAUCGGACAGAGACCCGCUUUACUCGAAUCGUGUCCGAAACCAAUUGAAAGGCUUAUGACUCGAUGUUGGAGUAAAGUACCGGACGAGCGGCCUUCAAUGGUAGAAGUGGUUAGAAUUAUGACUGCCUUAUCCGAAAUGUUCAGUGGAGAAUUAGGACCUGUAGAAUAUUCUUUAAGUAGCGAAGCAGACAUGGAUGAUGAGGAUGACGAGGAAACACGUAGCGAUACGUUAGAUACUUUAGACAUGCCGAGUACUUUAAAUUCUCUGAUUAACGGCUCAAUGGAAAAUGGACUCGAUAGAACUCCAAUGCCAACUGAAGUUAAUGACGAGAUGAAUGGUAAUUCAAUUCAAAAGUUAGACUUAAACGAGGCUCCAGUUCAAAUACAAAGCAAACUCGAAUUUACUAACGAUGAUUCUUGGAAGAACGUUAUUCCAAUAAAUGCAGAAUCCCAUGUCUCAACCUCGAGUAAUCUAUCAUUCAAUCAACGACCGAAUAUUGCUCCGUUAAAAGUGGAGUGUGAUCCGAACGCUUGGGAGCUUGGCAAUUCUUUUGAUUCUUCUUGGGAAAUUCGAAAUAUGGCCGGUUUGGAUAAAAUGGCACCAAAAUCAAAGAAAAAUCUUCAGGGUAGCAGCACGAUGAAUGAGGAUUUGGACAAUGUUUAUCGUUUAUUGGACAAUGAACAAAGACCUCGUACUCCUGAUCACACGUGUCCGCAGUCUCGGGAGAUCUUUGAGGAACAUAAACAGCUGGCACAAGAGUAUCUCAAAGUACAAACAGAAAUUGCACUCUUGAGCCAACAAAAAAAUGCCUUACUAAAGAAUCUCAGUAUUGAAGAUCGCAAACAAAAGGAGGAACUUCUGGGAUUGGAGAAAGAGAAGGAAUCUUUGCGGAAACUUUAUCAAACAUUUAAACAUCAAUUGGAAAUGAAGAAAAACCAAUCAAGCGGCAUUCAGAAUCAGCGACCACCGGCAAUACCUUCAAUAGGGCCAGCGGUGUCUGGAGAAGAUGGUUGGAUUGUCGUUUCACGACAGGAUCCCUCAAGGAUGUCCUAAAAAAAACCUCCAAAAGUUCGGAUAUUUUUAAAUAAGUGUCUUAAUUAGCCCAACUUAUAGUUCUAGGGUGUGAUUCGUAAAAGUCUGUGAUGCCAGAUUUGUUCCUAAUUUUCUUGAAAAAAAAUACUAGAAAAGAGCAAAAGCAACAUUUUUGCUUUUUCAUAUUGUUCGAAGGUAAAAUUUUUCUUAUACAAACAAUUAAGAUGCACUAAUAAUCGUUUUAAAAUAUUAAACCGUAUACUGUACAUAUUAGAGACUGAUUAUAAAACUAGAAAUUAAUUUCCAUUAUUCGUGCAUCUUUGAAAAUAAUAUGAAUUUAUAUGACGAGAUCUCAAAUCAAGAAAAAGAAAUUUACUUCAAUUUUCGAUAAUUUUUGUUUUCCUUUUUUAAGCUAUAUAAAACAAAAGGAAACAAAAUACUUUAAAUUAUUUUUUGAAAAUAAUUUUUAAUUGCAAAAUACUUACAUAAAUUUUACUAACAUUGACAAGAAUAAGUAAAACUUAUUUAGACACUUUAGAUUUAGUAUAUCUUAUUGAGGAUUUUAUAUCUUUAAUUCAAGCGUAAUAAUCAUAUUAUAAUUUACAGUUGGAAAAAAAUACUAGUCAUUAUUUAAACAUCAUUUAGGCGACUUUACUUUAUUAAGGAAAUUAUUUUAAAAUUUUUCAAAGACCGGUUAAUGAUUUAGAAAAAAAAAUCGCGUGAUAAAAAAGUGUAUCAAAAUUUCUUUUAAUUGUUCAAUUUAUUGGCAAAUUUAAAAUAUAAGUGCGAAUCAGUUGGGAUGAAUGCAAACGGAAUUACAAACUUUUAAUGAUAAAAAAAAGUAGCAAAUAGAAUUUUUACUGUCAAUUGUAAAUGUGAAUAUCCGUAGACCUUGAAAAUUGGAAGAAAAGAAAUUCGUCUUUUUGGAAAAAAUUGUUUUCGUUUUUGCAAACAAUCCGAGUUUUUAUUAAGGCGACAAAAGGCGAUUUCAAUAUUUGCAAAUUACUGAAAAAAAAUUAAUAUCUCAAUAAUGUGAUUUUUAAUGUUAGAGAAUUAAUGAAAUUUAAAUUGAAAGAAAAUAAAUGUAUGUGAGUAGAAGUAGAAAUAUGUAUAAAUAGACAGUGCACUUAGUAAUUAAUAAUUAAUAAUUAAUUUGUAAAAUGCCUUUUAAUGAAUGUGUAUGAAUUUUAUUAAUUUAAUUGAAUAAUGGUUGAGGAGAAAAUGUGAUUUUAAAGUGACUUUAAUGCAUAAAACUUUUCAGAUAUCUUUAUAUCUAGUUAAAAAUAAUAUAAAUACGUAAAUAUUGAAAUACAUCUAGAUAUUAAAAAAUAUAAAUUGACAAAACUGAGAUAUGACCGAAAAUGCAAAAAUUUAUGAAAAUUGUCAACAUUAUUUUCUGUUGAUUUUUCCAUAGAAUGCACGUCUUAUUCUAUUUUAAAAUAAUAAAUAAAAAACAGAACUUUUAAAUA